GUCCAGCCCUUGGACCCAGACGUGGCCCAACUCGUCGAAACAGUCAUGCAAGACAAACUGCUCCCCGUCCACACCAACGCAUGGUACGUCUUUGGCUUCGCAUGCACAGGAAACGAAGAGACAGAGCGGCGCCUAGCCGGUCUCUACAAGGCGCUUAUCACCGAAGCACCCAUCAGCAUGACCCACGACCUGCAGCGCGCCCUCCACGCAAACAGCCUCGUCGCUCUCUUCGACAAAAACGCAUACUCCCACUUCCGCACUCUGGCUCCCUACCUCGAAGUCUUCCUAAAUACGCCGCCUCCCAAGCGCCCCACCGUCUGGCGCCUAAUCCAGUUCAUCCAUGACACCCACAACACGGAGCCCCCCGCCUGUCUCCGCCGCGACUACGGCUUUCGCUUCUGCAGACAGCGAGAAGAAGUCCUGUACCUCAAGGAAAUACACAGCGCAUUGCUGGAUAAACUAGGACCAAAGCCUCUGCACGAUGCGUGUGUAUACGGUAGACUCCGUGUGACUGCGUUGAGAGAGGGUGUGGUGCUGCCACGCGAGAGGGGUGCACGGCUGCUAGAGAAUGAUUUUCCGUCGCCGGCUCUGGGGUUUGAUAGUGAGGACGGGCUUGCGGCAUAUCAGAUGCCGUUGUUCAAGAAGAAGAUGAAG